AUGCUUAGGCCCGAAUGCCAAGAAGCCAUACCGCAACUUGCCAUUCUCUCCUACUUGAAAACGGAUAGUAAAGCAAGCGCUUCCUCAAGCUGCUCUUCAGCUUCCACCCAUUUUGGCUCUGACAAUGAAUGCAGUGAUGGACCGUUCGCCGGUAUUGGUGACCUAUACAAUGUCCUUGAAGCAGUCAGUUCUAUGUCCGUCCAUGAACCAUCAGACUCUGAGGCAAACUUGGUUAUGGAUGUUGUAAGAGCGAAAUGCAAUGUUUUCCUCACUCAGAAGACGCUCGUGGAUUGUAUACUACGGGAAAAUGAGGUGUUCGCUAGCCUACUCAAAUUCCGAGCAGAAGCCGCUGAAAGAAAGUAG